AUUGCCAUUUUUAUUUGAUUUCCUGUCUCACAUUUACCAAGACGAUUUGCCUGUUGAAAGCCCACGUGGGAGCUAAUUGCCUUCUCAGCAAGUUCUUUGCAGAUCCUCCCUCCAGAAAGGUUUUCCUUUGUCUGUAUCUUGGUAGCAAUCUACAGUUCUCAAGAUUUUCAGACCUUGGUAUCAGAAUUGUGCUCCGAGAGUCUACCCAGAAGUGGUCUGCCUCAUCAUCCAAUGAGCUCUGCCUGCCGGUCGAUGUGACACUUGGGUGGAAGGAAGCCAAGAGCCUAUAGUAUUCCUGGGGAAUAUUUAAGCAGCUGCGGCCAUGUGAUUUAAAAACCUCCGAGAAGGGUGCUGCCGCCAGCUGUGCACAGCGGUAGCCUAACAUGAGGGCUGGAUGCAGCCCCGCUCCGGGAAACUCCUUCAUCAGCCGCUGCAAGAAAGAGAAAUCUGAAGGACAAACCUGGGUGCAGCCGGAAAGGUCCAGAUAGGUGAGCUUGUGGCAUCCAUUCCCUAAAUUCAGGAACUCCACGUCCCCCAGCUGGGUCUCCUUGUUCCUGAACUGCAUUAGUUAAGAUUGCUAACACUUGGACUUGGAUACUUUCAUUGCUCCAUCUGUCACGCCUAGUAAUUGGGGCCAGCUGGAUGUCAGGAUGCGCGUGGUUACCAUAGUAAUCCUGCUCUUCUUUUGCAAAGCCGCGGAGCUCCGCAGGGCAGGCCCCGGAGGCGGAGGCCCGCGAAGCCGAGCGCAGCAUGGCAAGGCCCGGGGGCGACCGCGGGGCUCCAGCCCGGUCAAACGCUAUGCGCCAGGCCUGCCCUGUGAAGUGUACACUUAUCUCCACGAGAAGUACUUGGAUUGUCAGGAAAGAAAACUCGUUUAUCUGCUGCCCGACUGGCCCCAGGAUUUGCUGCACAUGCUGUUAGCAAGAAACAAGAUCCGCAUCUUGAAGAACAACAUGUUUUCCAAGUUUAAGAAGCUGAAAAGCCUGGACCUGCAGCAGAAUGAGAUUUCCAAAAUCGAGAGCGAGGCUUUCUUUGGGUUGAGCAAGCUCACCACCCUCUUACUGCAGCACAACCAAAUCCAGGUUUUGACGGAGGAGGCCUUCCUUUACACGCCUCUCCUGAGCUACCUGCGCCUGUAUGACAACCCCUGGCGGUGUACCUGCGAGCUGGAAACGCUGGUCUCCAUGCUGCAGAUCCCACGGAACCGGAACCUGGGGAACUACGCCAAGUGCGCAAGCCCUCACGAACUGCGAAACACAAAACUGCGGCAGGUGCAGUCCGACCAGUUAUGUCAAGAGGACGAAAGGGGAAUCCUGGACCCGAGACCUCAGGUGUCGGGGAGAGCCCCGGUCAUCAAGCCAGAGAUAGACUCUACGCGUUGCCACAAUUAUGUGUUUCCCAUACAAACACUGGACUGCAAAAGGAAAGACUUGAAGAAAGUUCCAAAGAGUAUCCCACCAUACAUUGUUAAACUUGACUUAUCAUACAAUAAAAUCCACCAACUCCGACCCAAGGAAUUUGAGGAUGUUCACGAGCUAAAGAAAUUAAAUCUCAGCAGCAAUGGCAUCGAAUUCAUAGAUCCUGCUGCUUUCUCGGGGCUUACGCAUCUAGAAGAGCUAGACUUAUCCAACAACCGUUUGCAAGACUUUGACUACGGCGUCCUGGAAGACGUGUAUUUCUUGAAACUCUUGUGGCUCCGAGAUAACCCGUGGAGAUGUGACUACAACAUCCACUACCUCUACUACUGGCUGAAGCACCACUACAACGUCCACUAUAACGGCCUGGAGUGCAAAUCACCGGAAGAGUACAAAGGGUGGGCUGUGGGGAAAUACGUUCGGAGCUACUAUGAGGAGUGCCCCAAGGACAAGUUGCCUGCGUACCCGGAGACCUUCGACCAGGACGCGGAGGAAGAGGACUGGGAGAUGAUCCACAGGGAUCACGUGGCAAAGAAACAAAGUGUGAGGAUCACUAUCGUGGGGUAGCUUCCACGUGGUUCUGGCCAAAACGACUUUUGUAGUUUGCUAUGCUAGUGUCAGGAACUCUCGUGUUUACAUUCUGAUGAACUCCCCCAGUUGCAGACGGAUGCAGGGUCGUCUGGCUCAAGGCGGGUUUCUCUACUUCCUAUUAUUGUGAUUGUGACGACCGCAGUCAUUAAGAGAACACUCGCCUGCUUGCCUGUCUGUGGAGCAGCACCCCUGCCUCCACCGCCCCCAGCCCUUCCAGUCCACACCGGCGGCCUGCAGGAGCUGGGUCCUAAGGAUGCCGUAAAUAUGUCAUAACGUGCUGUAUAAGUGCUUUUUGGGGGUUUUUUGUUUGUUUGUUUUUGUUUUUUACUGCUUUCGAAAAUACCAAUAAUAAAAACUUGGUCCAUUUUUA